UUCCCAAAAACCCCACACUCUAUGCAGGGGUUUAACAGCUCGGAGAAUCAGCGUACGUCGACGAUUCCAAUUUCAAACUCUCUUCCGGUUCUCCUCGAUCUCUCCCAUGGCGGCGAUCCUAUCCAGAAACGCGAACCAUCUCCGUCUCGUGCGACGGUGUCUCCACUCACUGAGCAGACCCACGAAGCCAUCGCCGCCGUUUCCCGGGGCUGUUCGGAGCCGAUCCUCUCCGAUCCUCCGUUCGCUCAUGCCUGUGCAGUCACUGGGGUUAUAUGAAAGGUGGCUAUCUAGCACAAGCGCAUCUACUGCUAGUUCCGGAGAUUCUGAGGUGAAAGCUCCCGCUGAGGCUACUCGUGGAGGGGAAGAGAAAUCCGGAGGAUCCAAUCAAAGCAGUGAUGCUGGAAAACCUGUACGCGGAGGGCCUGUUUCGUGGCUGAGUUUUCUUCUGUUAGUUGCAACUGGAGCAGGAUUAAUCUUUUACUAUGACAGGGAAAAGAAGCGGCAUAUUGAAGAUAUAAGUAAUGCUUCAAAAGCAGUCAAACAAGGACCUUCUGUUGGCAAAGCUGCAAUUGGUGGGCCAUUUAAUCUUAUCAAUGAUGAAGGGAAGAAUGUAACUGAAAAGGAUUUCUUGGGGAGAUGGACAUUGAUGUAUUUUGGUUUCACUCACUGCCCCGACAUCUGUCCGGAUGAGCUACAAAAGCUGGCGGCUGCAGUUGACAAAAUAAAAGAAAAAGCAGGGUUUGACAUUGUACCUGUCUUUAUUUCUGUUGAUCCUGAGAGAGAUACGGUCGAGCAGGUCCAUGAAUACGUCAAAGAGUUCCAUCCAACUUUAAUUGGCUUAACCGGUACUCCAGAUGAGAUAAAAAAAGUUGCUCGUGCAUAUCGAGUCUACUAUAUGAAAACGGCAGAGGAAGACUCAGAUUACCUUGUUGACCACUCAAUAGUCAUGUACUUGAUGGGUCCAGAUAUGGAUUUUGUGAAAUUUUUCGGCAAGAAUAACGAUGUUGAUGCACUUACAGAUGGAGUGAUCAAUGAAAUAAAGAAAUACAAAAAGCAGAAGUAAAUUCUUCUUUUUGAGUUGCAAAUGUGGGUCAGCUCAAACAGUUCUUUCAGGCAUGGCAAUGAAUGUUUGCUCGCAUCACUUGCUAGUUUCCGUCUUCUGACUAAUAGCUGCUUUGAAGCUGAUUUGGUUUUAGAGCUGUUUGCUCCAUUGUUGCGGAUACUGAUGCCCCGAGUACAUUUCUUUUUGUAAGAGCAAAGAAGUCUUCGGAACUUAUGCCUUUUUGAUGUUUUUCCAUACUGUAUGAAUAUGUCUGCGUCCUUCUGUUGCUAGAAGUGAUCUCUCUUUAUGUUUCU